UAGCUAAAUCUACAGUAGUCACCUACUGAUCUAUGACUGCUGCCGAGAGGGUGCAGCUACGGGGCUCAUCUCUCAGGAACCUCUUUUCUCAGGCACCUCUGUACUGCCACCUACUGGGAAAUAGGUAAUAACUAUGUAGUUACUAGUUUAUCAGGCCUUUAAAGAUCCUAUUAAUGCUUUCCUUCAGCCAAUUUAACUUUGUGUUAUUUUUUUAAGUACAAAUGCACUGGGUGAUGAUUCUGAAUUCACUGACGCUGACUUUGCAGAGCUACUGCACGGUAGAUUGUGGCCUUAGUUUGCCUCUUCAGUUGCCUAGCUUGCUGGCCUGUUUAGCUUAGUGGAUUGUUCAUGGUGCAAUGGUUGUGUUGUUUGAUUUUCACUGGAGGCCUGUACAAAGUAGAACAAAGUAUUGAAAUGUUUGCAAUCAGUGUAAGUCACUAUGAAUAAAAGCAUAUUAUGCUGAAUUACUGGAAUUAAAAGGUUUCUAAUUGGCUCGCUAGCUAACUGCUAGUUAGCUUUGCUAUGAUCUCAGCUUCCUCGCUUACUCAGUUCCCUCUAUUUUUGUGCCUCUUUUGCCAUUUCAUUGAGAAAAUUCUCAUUGUGCAGGGAAGUAGAUGCAUACCAGGUUGGUAUGGCUAGGUCCACUUUCAGGUUUCAAUCAGAUGAAGCUGUUGUCACAGUUACUCUUGGGGAGAAUGAGUGUCAGCGUCUCACGCAUGCAACCCGCCAAACAGAGUUCACAUUACUGUUCGACCAAAUCAUGACAUUUGAAAAAGGUUUAACUAUGAAGGUCACACUGAACUAAAAAAUCUAAGAAAAGUGUCUCAAAGGGCAACCAUUUUGGUCGCAGUUUAGAGAUCUGUUUUGCAUGUUGGCCAGUCAUUAUGUGGCUUUUUUAGACCAUUUCCUGUCCUUUUGCAUUGAUUACUGAAGCCCAUAGACCUGCAGUUGACUAUUUUUGCUUUCUAUAUCAACAUUGGUUUCUGGCACUUUGGGCAGUCUUUAAGCUAAGCUAGCGAUAGAGUUACCGCCUGCCGUUGUGCUGAAGUGGGCCCGGAAAUGCUGAUCAACCGUAAACCUGAUCUGACUCUGGUUAAAAAUAACUUCACCUCCCGGUCAGAGAGAAGGAGCCAGGCAAAACUGAGUUGGUUGAGGUGGUGUUUAUCACGCGGGUGUGGGCGGAGCCUAGGGCCACUAGCUUCAGUGCUUCAUUACAGUACUAAGGUCUGUCAGGGAGAUGGAUGAUGGAGGAGACACGCUUAGCUGCAUUGGACCGAUGAGACAGUGUGCGUGAGUGGACUGUUAAGGCAUAGCGUGUGUGUCUGGGAUUAAUGGAGUGGCUGCCAACAGCUGUGACCAAUGAUGUCUCCUAGAAGCUCUGAGAGGAAGAGCGGCAGGAAGAGGACUCUGCUCACCUGGCUUGCCUGGGUGCUGAAGCCUGUGGCAAGCCAGGAGGUCACGUCAAGUCUUGGCAGUAGGAGGCUCAUCAGCUUUUCGCUUUCAGACAUCCAGGCGGUAGGGCUUAAGAAGGGGAUGUUCUUCAACCCUGACCCCUACUUGAAGAUUGCCAUUCAGCCUGGGAAGCACAGCCUGUAUCCUGCACUGCCCCACCACGGCCAGGAGAAACGCUCCGGCAUCGUCUGUAACACCAUCAACCCCAUCUGGCAGAGAGAGUGCUUCAACUUUGUGUCUCUGCCGACGGACGUGCUGGAGAUCGAGGUGAAGGACAAGUUUGCUAAGAGUCGGCCCAUCAUCAAGCGUUUUCUGGGCAAGCUCUCCAUGCCCGUGCAGAGGCUAUUGGAGAAGCACGCCAUUGGGGACAGGGUGGUGAGCUACUCUCUUGGCCGCAGGCUGCCGACAGAUCAUGUCAGUGGACAGCUACAGUUCAGAUUUGAAAUAACCUCUUCAAUUCACCCAGCAGAUGAUGAAGACAUCUCUCUACUCAUGGAGUGCCCUUUGGUCCUCCAACCUAACCAGCUAGAGGAAGCCCAGGAGGACCCAGAUCCCCCUGUAGAUCUGCCCACUGAUGACACACUGAGCCUAGGGCCCGACACUCCCGAGCUCCCCCUGGAUGGAGCUCCGGAUCAAGAAGAGCUGGAGACCUGUUGCAGCCCAACUGAAAACACAAACGCCUCCCCCUCAGAGGAGGCUCAUCCUGGGGCCGAGGAAGCGGUGGAGGAGCAGGUCACCCUGGUUGAGAUGGAGGAGAGUACAGUUAGGGAGGUGCAGGUGUCCUCAUCAGAGCCACCGACUGAAAUUGAAGGCCAGGACCAGGAGAGAGGAGAGGAGGAAAGAGGAGAGGAGGAGGGGGAGAGGAGAGUAGAGGAGGAGGAAAGACAAGGGGAGAGGGAUAGAGGUGGGGUGGGGGAGAGAGUGGAAGAGGAGCCUCCAGCCCAGUGUGGGGAGACGGAGUUGAAAGAGGGGGAGGUCCAUGGGCAUGCUGGCCCUGAAGGUGUGGAGAGACAGGUGAUCAGUGAGGAACCUAACAGUUCUCCGGAGGAGCCACUGGAAGGUGCUGCGGGGCCCGAGCCGACUAAGGAGGUACCAGAGGUGGUGCAGGAGCAGAGACAGCCAGGAGUAGUAGAAGCCGGGCCCCGGAGAGUUGACUGUCGCCGCCCGCCUCGUGCCUCCCCGCCCAUGCGGAGCACCCUGCGGCGCAAGAACCGCCCCUGUUCGCUGCCCGUGUCGGAGCUGGAGACGGUGAUCGCCUCGUCGUGCGGCGACCCGGAGACGCCUCGCACGCACUACAUCCGCAUCCACCACCUCCUGCACAGCCUCCCCUCAGCACGCCAGAGGCAGGAGGAUGGGGGCGAUCCAGUGACUCCCACCGAGGAGGCCACCACCGUCAAACCUACUUCCAAGGAGGGGGAGGAGGAGGAGGAGGAGGAGGAUGAGUCCCAGUCCCUGGCGUCCCCCUCCCAGGUGCGUGAGUGCCCCGGGCCCUGCUGUCGCAGUAGGACUCUCCCCCGCAGUCUGUCUAUCGAGCGCCUGUCGGAGCUCAACCACCUCCUGGAUGGCGGGGAGAGGGGAGGGAGGACUCCACACCCACGCCUGGAAAGCGAGGAGGCGGAGGGAGGCUGCCGAGGAGUGAGGGGCAGCGAAUGUGAGUUGUGCGACAACUCCUGCUACAGCACCUCCUGUUACAGCACCAGUUGCUACAGCACCUCCUGCUACAGUAACUCGGGCUACGAGGGGAGAACACGCUACUGCAGCCACACACGGCUGUCCUCAGUGGACAGCACACGCCUCUCAGAGAGCACGGUCUUUUCCUCGCAGGACGAAGAGGAGGAAGAGGAGGAGAACAGCGCAUUUGAGUCAGUGCCGGAUUCGAUACAGAGCCCCGAGGCCCAGGAGCCUGGAGACGAUGGGACCCCUGCAGAUUGGAGGGAGGAGAGGAGGAGUGGGGGGAGUGAGGAGUCGCCAGGGGCCGGACCCAGUCACAGGGUAGCAGGAGGAGGAGAUAAUUCCCCGCCAUGCAGUCAUCCUCCUUCUGUCAGCCAGGUUCCUGCUUUGCGACCUGACCCGCACCAUUACCCAACAGUAGAUGAACCGUUGCCUCCAAACUGGGAGGCGCGGAUCGACAGCCACGGGCGGGUCUUCUAUGUGGACCACGUGAACCGCACCACCACCUGGCAGAGGCCCACCCACGCUGCCUCCAAGUGUGCCGGCAUCCAGCGCUCCGGCUCAACCCAGCAGAUGGAGCAGCUCAACAGACGAUACCAGAACAUCCAGAGGACCAUGGCGACGGAGGAAGAGUGUGGGGUUGGGAGGUUGGAGAGAAGUGGAAGCAUGGAAACUGAAACUGCCUCUCCUCCACAGGCCACUGAGCCAAGAAGCGAGGCCCCUUCCUCCCCCAUCAGCAAUCAGAAAGUCACCCUGCUCCUCCAGUCCCCAGCGGUCAAGUUCAUCACCCACCCCGAGUUCUUCACCGUCCUGCACGCCAACUACGGUGCGUACCGGACCUUCACCAGCAGUACUUGUCUAAAGCACAUGAUCCUGAAGGUCCGACGGGACGCACGCAACUUUGAGCGCUACCAGCACAACAGGGACCUGGUGAUCUUCCUGAACAAGUUUGCCGACACUCAGCUGGAGCUUCCCAGAGGCUGGGAGAUCAAAGCGGAUCCACAGGGCAAGUCGUUUUUUGUGGACCACAACAGCAGGGCCACCACCUUCAUUGACCCCAGGAUUCCCUUACAGAACGGUCGUCUGCCCAACCACUUAACCCACAGGCAGCACCUGCAGAGGCUACGGAGCUACAGUGCAGGAGAGGCAUCUGAUGUGUCCCGGAGUCGAGUAGCGUCCCUGAUUCACAGACCUGGGAACAGCCUGGUUGCUGCUAUUCGCAGCCAGUACCAACAGGACUCCACAGCAUUAAGUAUACCAUCUUACAAUGACAAGAUAGUGGCCUUCCUUCGCCAGCCGAAUGUCUUUGAGAUGCUUCAGGAGCGCCAACCCAGCCUUGUUAGGAACCAUGUCUUAAGAGAAAAGAUCCACUACAUCAGGACGGAAGGUUCACAGGGGGUGGAGAAGCUGUCUUGCGAUGCUGACCUGGUCAUUCUGCUGAGCCUGUUUGAAGAGGAGAUCAUGUCCUAUGCCCCACCCCACUCCUUCCAGCCAGGUUACAGCUUCUCACCCCGCUGUUCGCCCGGAUCUUCGCCCCAAAACUCUCCAGGCUUACAGAGGGCCAGAGCACCAGCUCCAUACCGCAGGGACUUUGAAGCCAAACUGCGCAACUUCUACAGGAAACUGGAAGGCAAAGGCUAUGGCCAGGGUCCUGGCAAGAUUAAACUAAUCAUCAGAAGGGACCAUCUGUUGGAGGGCACCUUCAACCAGAUCAUGGCCUACUCCCGCAAGGAGCUGCAAAGGAACAAGCUCUAUGUAACCUUCAUGGGAGAGGAGGGGCUGGACUACAGCGGCCCCUCCCGGGAGUUCUUCUUCCUGUUGUCACAGGAGCUGUUCAACCCCUACUACGGCCUGUUCGAGUACUCUGCCAAUGACACGUACACUGUUCAGAUCAGCCCCAUGUCCGCAUUUGUAGAAAACCAUCUGGAAUGGUUCCGCUUCAGUGGGCGUAUCCUGGGCCUGGCCCUGAUUCACCAGUAUCUGCUGGAUGCCUUCUUCACACGUCCCUUCUACAAGGCUCUCCUUAGACUAGCUACUGACCUGAGUGACCUGGAGUACCUGGAUGAGGAGUUCCACCAAAGCCUGCAGUGGAUGAAGGACAACGACAUCACUGACAUCCUGGAUCUUACCUUUACCGUCAAUGAGGAGGUCUUUGGCCAGGUGACAGAAAGGGAGCUGAAGUCGGGCGGCUCCAACCUGCAGGUGACGGAGAAGAACAAGAAGGAGUACAUCGAGCGCAUGGCCAAGUGGAGGGUGGAGCGUGGGGUGGUGCAGCAGACUGAGGCCUUGGUCAGAGGUUUCUAUGAGGUGGUGGACUCUCGCCUGUUGUCGGUUUUCGACGCCAGAGAGUUGGAGCUGGUCAUCGCCGGGACGGCUGAGAUCGACCUUCAUGACUGGAGGAACAACACUGAGUACAGAGGAGGUUACCAUGACGGCCACAUAGUGAUGCGUUGGUUUUGGGGUGCAGUGGAACACUUCAACAACGAACAGAGACUGCGUCUGCUGCAGUUUGUGACAGGCACUUCCAGUGUGCCGUAUGAAGGUUUUGCUGCCCUACGGGGAAGCAAUGGCCUGCGGCGCUUCUGCAUCGAGAAGUGGGGCAAGGUUACAUCGCUACCCAGGGCCCACACGUGCUUCAACCGGCUGGACCUCCCCCCGUACCCUUCCUACGCCUUGCUGUAUGAGAAGCUGCUCAUUGCCGUGGAGGAGACCAGCACGUUUGGCCUGGAGUGACCCCGGAGCCCCGCCACUCAUCUUUUUUCAUAUGAACUCUGGACAAAUGCUACCGGCCUUCUGUUUUCUUAGAGUAACGUACCUGAGGACUGGGUUUGAAAUAAGUCGUAUCAAAUGUAUUAACAACGUGCAUGCGCCGCGUCACCUCAUCUGGGAGAACAGUGUGCGUGCAGUCGCUGUGAGGGGGGCUAGCACAAACCGACAUGUAUGCAACGGUGAGCCUGGCCCACGCACCCCCCUGCUUCGCCCGCCAUCGUGAUCUCAUCCGUUUCACGUCGCCCAUCGGGCUGUGACACUAUGCAGGGGAGGGGCUUGCUCCACCCACCAACCGCAGCCCGCGCACCCAUCGCCUCUGAAAUCAUCACAGGAAGUGACAUUCGUUGCAACCCCCUUGAACAGUUGUCGUGUCCUUUGAGGAGCACCACAGGAAUUCUUCUCCAUUCCCUAUGGUACAACCAGUGACAAAACCCAACCGUGCUUUUGGGGCGUGUGGGAAUUCAUGUAAAAUGUAAUGAACAUGUUUUUUGCAUGUUUUAAUCCAUUUCUAAUCAUAAGGACCUCACUGUUUUCCUCAGAGUGGAUAGGCAGGUACUGAAGAACUGUCACUCCCGCAGCUACAGAUGUGUUUUGUCCAGGAAAGAUACAGUGCCUGAGUGACUGACUGUUUUUGCCUCAAUUACUCAUUGUAUGUGUUUAAAAAAAGCACACCUCCUACUGGAGAUUCCAGUGCUGUGGUGCAUCAUAGAUGUUGUUGCAUCAUGACAGUAGUUAUAGACACAGUACUAGGAGAGGAAUGCCAGGUCAGCUGGAUGAUGAUCAUGAUAAUGUCACUGGUACUGGGUUUGAAAGUAAAAGGCCUUGCUCUUUCCCUGUAGGCAUUACAGGGACAUUGGAUUGAUUUAUACAGGUAGCCCAACUACUGGUCUUUCGACCAAUUAGAUAAUAUGUUUACCAAUAAUGUGAGGCAAAUGAUUGGGCUUUCUGUGUAAACACAGUCAUUGAGCUCACACUUAAAAUAAUAGCCUUGUCAUUCCGACCUUUUGGACAUGGCAAUUCAGGGCCAACAGCUUAUUGACAGAGCGAUCUCAAAUGUAGAGGAAUAUGAAGCAGCUGAGGACGCACUCAGUAACUUGGAUGGAUCGUAACACUGUUAAAAAUCACUGUUCCCGGACGGUGUUGACUUCCAUUAUUUUGAAGGUCUCAUCCUUCGCCGUUUUUGUCAGAGUAUGCACCCUGAGUGGCAGUUUCCCCAGAUACCGAUUAAAUCUGGUCCUAUGUUGAAGCUAGCUCAAAAUUAGAUUCUCCAUUGACUGUGAUUUUUAUUUCAGGGCCUGUAUUUCACAAAACAACUAAUAUUAAGAGUGCAGCUUUAAGAUCUGUUUUUUGGAUCAAUUGUCUAAUAUUGAUUUAAAAGGCUAAGCUGCUUCUAGAUCUGCACUCAUUCAGAGAUGCUGUGGUGGAAUCUGUGUUUUGGUUAGUGGGCCCUCAAAGGAUCUAGUUAUACCGUACAAUACUGUAGGUUGAUGUUAAUUGAAGCUACGAUGCGCACUAUGAUUAAACAGAUUGUACAUGUGGGAAAAUGGAUGCAACCCGAACCACUGCAAAUAUAAGAAAUGUUCAGGGAACAAAAGGUGAUUCAUGUUUGUUUUGUUAGUUUUGUUUUUAAAACAUGUUACAUAAGUGCUGUUAUUUUUCUAUGAUGUGUAUUUAUUUUCAAAGCUUGUGAUGCAUUAUUAUGGUUUCUGGUGAACCAUGAGGUGGAAAAUAAUUGCAAUGUUUUGUUUUGUAAUGAUUGUCCAGUAUUGUUUAAAGGUUUUUAUAAUUAUGACAUAGGAAUUUAAAUGCUUUCAAUGACAAUACUUUUUUUCAAUUUGUACAUACAUCUUUUUGUUGCUUAUGCCUUCAUUUUAUACCUUUAAAAACAAAACAAAGACGUUUUAUGUCCAAGUGCGUUGAAUUGUGGGGGAAUGUCGGUGUAGUCUUCCUUACCUUUGCACUGUAAAUGUAACAUGGCCUGUUAUUUAAUGUUUCAUUCUCAGUAUUAGGGUUAGGUCCCAGUCAAAUUGAAGGCAGUCAAAAACAUUAUGUUUUCAGUUUGAGAAAGCAUUAAAAUAUAAAUGCCCUUUUUUAGAUGACUGAAAAUCAAUUGACUGCUCUCAAUUCAUUCUAAUCCAAACCCUAAACUUCAACCGUCUUCUAUUUUGGUGGUAACAGAUGGAGAUACUGGUUUAUUUAAGAUGUUGAGGUAAAUAUUGAGUCUUUAGUGGUCCAAUACACAGAAUAUCUGCGUACAAAAUGGCCGCCUGUUCCCUAUGCAGCACACCACUAUUGUCCAGGGCCCUGUUGGCCCCGUUUACUAUGGUCUAUUCACGAUGGCCCAGUUCUCUAUUGACUGUUCACUGUGGGCCUUCUAUGGGCCCUAUUUACUAUGGAACUGAUUGAUAACGCUGUGUACUUUAUGGACCACAUUCCUAAUGGGUUCAGGAUAACAGGAGUGCACUUUUGGAUAGCGUGCAAUUUGAGAUGCAGACGUGUUGUGUAGAAGUAACUGUGUUGGCGUUGUUAGGGAUUGUAUUUUAAAAGAAAAGUGUCGUUCUGUAUAUGUAGUCUAUUUUUACUGGCUUUAUGAAAAACAUAAUCUAUAGCAUACCACAGACAUCUAUUAUUGUCAGCCACUCUAUAUUAGGAUAUUUAUUUAAAUGAAAUGGCCAAGAUUGCCCUUAACAAUUCUAAAAUGAUCUGUGUAAUGAUAAUGAUCUAUUUAAAUGCAUUGAUAUUUUUAACUAAUCAAAUAUUUUAAAUCCUUCCAAAGAAAUAAUGCACCGAUAAUCAAUAUGAAAUUUUGCAGUAUAAUGCAUUAUCUAACUGUGCAACAGUUGGAUUAUGGGUACCUUAUUUUUGUUAUUUUUUUAUUGUCUAUCAAACUAUUUGCCUAUUUAUGUUUCAUGUUACAUCCCUUUGAAAAUAGAUUAUUCUAAAAGUGGCAGGAAAUUGUGAUGUAGAUUUCUGUUUGCAUCUUUGCUGGUUGAUAUAACUUGGUGCAGUGUCAAAAGCAAGAGCCGGUUGGGAAAACAUGGGUCUUUUGUUCCUUCACUUCUAUUUAUCCGUAUCCUUAAUUGGUUGAGACAUUUUGAAAGAUAUGUUUAUGAUUAAGUCAGAUUUGCGUAGGUGUGAUAAAAGUUCACGAAUGGUAAGCCUGCGCUUUCGCUCCAUCUACUCAUAUCACUGUACACGAAUGUCAAUAAACAAUCAGUUUGUAAUUCA